AUGGCAGAGAACCAGGAACCAAAUCAAGCUGAAGUAGCAAACGUAACUGAAGGAAUGGAAGAGGAUGAUAAGAAGGUAAAGGUCCUUGAUCUUGGAAUCGGAGAAAAAGAUUCUCUUGUUGCAAUGGAAAUGCAAGAUUCCCAGAAGACAGGUUUCAGGAAGCCCAAACACUCUGCUGCUAGAAAGAAAUCAAUUGAUCGCAUUUUUGGUAAGAUAGAUCAAGUUGAAGUUGAU